AUGAUCCCCAACACCUCCUCAAUGGACACUUUCCUGCAGAAACUCCCCAAAUGUGAACAUCACAUGCAUCUCGAAGGCGCCUUGACGCCCCAUGUCCUCUUCCAACUCGCUUCCAAAAACAACAUCACCCUCCCUCCCGAUGACCCAGCGUUCUCCUCUCCGGAAACCCUCCUGGCACGCUACGACCAGUUCACCUCCCUCGACGACUUUUUGCACUACUACUACAUCGGCAUGAGCGUACUCAUCGACGCUUCAGAUUUCGAAUCCCUGGCGUAUGACUACUUCCAACACGCCCACGCGGACGGUGUCGUCCACGCCGAAGUCUUCUUCGAUCCACAGGCACAUCUCUCCCGCGGAAUAGCCUAUUCCACCGUCCUUUCGGGCUUCCAGGCAGCGCGGGAUCGGGCUGCGAGGGACUUGGGGAUCUCGAGCGAGUUGAUCUGUUGUUUCCUGCGGCACUUGCCCGCACAGGAGUGUUCUGCGACGUUCAACCUAGCCGAGAUUCAGGAGAGUCUCCAAUCGGACGGCAUCGUCGGCAUCGGUCUGGAUUCCAGCGAGAAGGACUUCCCUCCCCAUCUCUUCCGCGAUCUCUACGCCGACGCCGGCAGGAUGGGCCUCCAACGCACCGCGCACGCGGGUGAGGAAGGCCCCCCGGAAUUCAUCCUCGACGCCCUGGACCAGCUCCACGUCGAUCGCAUCGAUCAUGGCAUCCGACUCGCAGAGGACGAAGCCCUCCUGUCCCGCGUUGCGCGACAGGGCACCCUGCUGACGGUCUGUCCGCUGAGCAACGUUCUCCUGCGCUGCGUGACGAGCGUCUCGGAGCUGCCGAUCCGAAAAUUCCUCGACGCCGGGGUGAACUUCUCCAUCAAUUCGGAUGAUCCUGCUUAUGUAAGUUCCCCCCCCCGCCCCCCCCCCUUCCCCUUUCACCGUUCGUCGUCGUCGUCGUCGUGCGUGCGUGCUUGCUUGCCCCCUUACUGACUUAUUUCAAUCAAUGUAGUUUGGCAACAAUUACAUCCUAUCAAACUAUCUCGCCGUGCAAAAGGCUUUCAAUCUGAAUUUUGAAGAAUGGACUCGCAUCUGCGAGAAUGGGAUCCGUGGGAGCUGGUGUGGUCCGCAACGCAAAGAGGAAAUGCUGGCGCUGCUCAAGGUGGUUGUCAAUGAUUUUCGGUCGGGUGGGGAAGGGUGCGGAGAAGUAAGUAAGUAA